AUGGUGCCACUCUCUCAAACUAUCGAUGGCCAAGCACAGGAGGCAGCUCCCAAGACUGUCACAUUCAGGAAUGGCUUGGGCCUGGUCAUCGGCUUGCAGAUUGGCUCGGGUAUAUUUUCAACACCUGGCUUGGUUGCCAAAGUAGGCUCGCCUGGUGCUUCGAUUUCUAUAUGGAUCGUCUCUGGUAUCCUUGCAUGGACAGGAGCUGCUUCAUAUGCUGAGCUAGGCGCCAGUCUACCCUUCCAGGGUGGUCCCAAUGCUUACCUGCGUCACAUCUACGGGGAUCUAGCAGCAUUCCUCUUCAGCUGGACUGGUAUCUGCGCCAUCAAGCCAGGCUCUGCCGCCAUUAUCUGUAUCAUUUGCUCAGAAUACGUCAACGACAUCGUCUUUCGGGCGCUGUUUAGUGACCUAGUCGCGCCACGCUGGCUAGUCAAACUCAUUGCCAUCAUGUGCGCUUCCUGUGCAAGCGGUAUUGUUGCCCUGAGUACAAAAGGAGCGACACGCGUUAUUGAUCUCAUCACGCUUAGUAAAGUGCUGACACUCAUCACCAUCACAGUAGCUGGCUUUGCUUGGCUUGGCGUCGGAAAGGGCACCGAUACCUACAAGAAGAGCCUGUUCGCAGGAUCGAGUCAUGAUGUCGGGACGUACAUCAAGGCCCUUCUGUCCGGUCUGUGGGCGUAUGACGGGUGGGACAAUUGCUCUUAUGUUUCCGGUGAAAUGAUUGACCCUGCACGCGAUAUCCCCCGCGUCGUACAUACUGCGCAGCCAAUUGUCAUCACUGCAUACGUCCUCGCGAAUAUGGCAUACUUUGCAGUACUGUCUCUUGAAGAUAUCCAACAAACGCACACUAUUGCCUUGGACUUUGGACGAACUAUCCUUGGCCACAGCGGAGCCUUAGUUCUGGGAAUCGCCGUGAUCGGGUCCUCGUUUGGUGCUCUGCUCAGCUCAACUUUCACUACUGCUCGACUUGUGGCGACCAGUGGCGAAAAUCACGAACUCCCAAAGGUUUUUGCCAAACUGCAUCCAAAAACAAACACGCCAGUCAAUGCGCUUGGACUUCAGCUCGCCAUCACAGUAGGGUACAUCAUCGCUGGAGACUUUGAACAUCUCGUCCUUUUCUACGGCCUAGUAGUCUGGAUCUUCUUCUUCGUUACCGUCCUAGGGUUGAUUGUCUUGCGUGCGCGACAGCCCAAAUUGGAGAGACCUUAUCGAGCUUGGCUAUCAACACCCAUCGUGUUUUGUUGUGCGGCAUUGUUUAUCAUUUUUCGAGUUUUGUUUGAAGCGACAGUCGAGGCGACCAUAGGAUUUGGAUUCAUCCUACUAGGUGUGGUCGUCUAUUUCCUGAAAGCUGGUAGACCAGAGUCUGGCUCUCGUGUACAACAAGGGACUUUUGCGAGACUAAGCUCAGUCGCUCAAGACAUGUUUGCUAGGUCGAGAGGCCAUGAUUAUAGGGCUGUCUAA